GUACUAUACACCUCAGUCGGCAGCAGUUUUAUUGGAGGACCGGCAAAUCCGGAAGGUCCCUUCACGUUGCCUGGACCACGGCUUGGACUGAAACACUGAUAUUCUUAGCUGUCAUUUGCAAGAUAACGGAUGACAAACCUCAGCUGGGCGAGCUACCGGCCCAGAACUGGAUGACUUUGACCUGCCACAAUUUAACAAAGCGGUGACAGGAGCAGCAGACGGCGGCAAAGACACGCCUGAACUGUUUGGGUAGCCAGGAGGCGUAGCGAAGGGAACGGGCCUGGCGCCAGCCCCAACCGCCCCAACCGCCGCGCGGCGGGCGCAACCUUGACACGCAUUCAUGCCGCUGCGGCCGGGCGUCUGCGCCUGAGCCCCGAGGCCGGCGGUUGCGUCACCGAUGUGCAGCAGGUCUGAGCAGGAGAGGGCCGCAGGCGGGGCGGCAGCUGCUGCACCUGAAUCUGACGACGGCGUGUCAAUUGCAGAGGCUGCAGCGGCAGAGAUGGCAGCGGAGGCGGCUGCAUGCGCCAAGCACGACAGCUCGGACGCGGCAGUGUUAGCGGACGUCGCCGCGGCCGCUGCCGGCUUGUACGCAGCAGCAGCCGCCAGCAGCGGGUCCGACCCAGACGACCACAAGCCGCUGCACCGCCGCUCCGGCGGCAGCGCCCCCGGCGGCGGCGGCCAGGAUGGCAGGGGUCAGCGACAGCAGCGGCAACAGCGGCAGCGGAGCGGUGGUGCGGGCACUGCAGCUGGGGCCACACCCGCCGCCAUGACCCCGCGCAAGCGACGUCUGGCGGCGGCAGAGGCCCCGGACCUGGACCCGGACCCGGACCCACAUACGGACCGGGAGGAGACUGAGGCCGCUGACAGCAGUAGCAGUGGCAGCGGCGGCAGCAGCGACAGCGGGGGGUCUGGACAACGGCGUGUGAGGCCCAGGCGGCAGCGGCAGGCGCCAGCCAGCCGCAGCCGCAAGCGCAGCCGCAAGCCGGCCGCAUCCAGGCGGGCGCUGGGCAGCCCGGCGUCGGGAGGCAGCGCGCGGCAGCGGCGGCGCAAGGGCGGCGCUGACAGCGACCCAAGCUAUGACCCCACCAGCAAUGAGGAGUCAGAGAAGCAGUCGGCGGGUGAGGACGAUGAGGUGGUGGGCGAGGAGCAGGACGAGGAGGAAAAGGAGAAGGAAUGGAAUGAGGAGGACGAGGACGAUCAGGAAGGGGAGGCGGAGGAGGAGGAGGCGGCGGCGGCGGAGGAGGAGGAGCAGGGGCUUGGGGACAAGAACUCAAGCAAUGACGACGAGGAGGGCGAGGGAGAGGAGGAGGAGCAGAUGGAGGAGGACGAGGAGGAGGAGUUGACGCCUGCGCCUUCCCCUCGUUCCGGCGGCAAGCGUGUGGGCAACAUGGUCCUGAGGUCCAGGGGGGGCGAGGCCAAAACCGCCCACACGCCGGCAGCAGCAGCAGCCGCAGCCGCUGGCGCCAGCCCUGCCUUCAGCCCGCGGCAUCGGCUCAAGCCCCUGGGAUCGGCUGCCGUUGCAUCAGCCGGGGCUGUUGGCGGCGGCGCGGUGGGCGAUGACGCCGAACUGGAGGACGAUCUGUCGGAGGAGGGGGAGGAGGAGGAGGCGGCAGCCCAGCCACAGCAGCAGCAGCAGCAGCAGCACCGCCAGCACCAGCCGCAGCAGCACCAUCAGGCGAGGGUGGCGGCGGCGGCGGCGGACCUUGGCGAGGACGACACGGAGGACGGGGACGACACGGAGGGCGGGGAGGGGGAGGGCGGGGAGGGGGAGGAGGAGGAGGAGGGGGACUCAAGCUUUAUAAAUGAUGAGCCCGAGCCGGGACAGGAGGCGCUGGACCCCGAGGCCGUGGCCCAGGCGCUGGCGGCGCUGCGGCCGCACCUGCUGCCCACCUGGGAGAACUUCAUCACGUGGAUGGACAAGCUGGUGCGGCACAUCCUGCGGCUGCCGCUGAGCGAUGACGAGGCGGGGGAGCAGCUGCGGCUGGACUUCAGCGCAGUCGAAAAGCGCUUCGGCGACGACCUGGAGCUGAUGCGAUCCAAGGCCAAGUCGUUCCACUGGGUCCGGGCUGACCGGAAGUGGCGCAUCUGCAGGCAGCUGCAGCGCUACCCGGUGCUGCUGCUGGCGCACCAGCCCGCAGCCCAGCACUACAGAGUGGCGGCGCCGGCGCCGGCAGCAGUGUCUGGCGGCGCUGGUGGCGGUGGCGGCGGCGGCGGCGAGGGCUGGCAGGUGGGGGCGGUGGCGGAUGACGACUAUGAGGAGCCGGAGGACGAGCGUGGGGAUGAGGAGGGCUCGGAGGAGGACGAGGGGGAGAGCGGGGAGGCGGAUGAGAGAGGAAGCGAGGAGGGAGCGGAGCGCGAGGACGAUAAGGAGGAGGGCGAGGGCGAGGAGGACACCGGGUAUCGCACGGACGCCCAGAAGGGCGACUCGACACAGGACGAGUUGCCGGAGGACCGCGGUGACGGCAAGCUGCGCUGCCGCCUGUGCAGCUCGCACCGGAGCUAUCAGCUCCACGAGGUGGGUCUGGCGGGUCGCCCCAUCGGCAAGCCGCCGCGGCGCCACCGCAAGCACCCGCAGUGGAACGGCGUGCGCUCCUUCCGCACCGCCUCCUGCUGCCUGGGCCGGGCCGCCCUCUACCACGCCAUCGCGCACUUCCGGCGGCGGGUGCUGGCGGCGCUGCGGCGGCGGCUCAAGGACGCGGUGCGCCUGCUGCUGCCGCCGGCUCGGGCCGCCGGCACGCCCCGGCGCCAGCAGCGCCAGCCACGGCUCCUUCGGCCGCUGCGGGAGGCGGCGGGGCGGGAGGUGCUGGCCGAUGAGGCCUUCCUGCGCCGGCUGUGGGCGGCCUACACGUCGCUGCGGACCGCCGCGGCAGGGCUGUACGACGAGGAGAGCCGCGGAGGCCAGGGCGGAGGGGGCGGCGUGGCGGAUCACGCGGGCUAUGGGGCCACCGCCGCCGCCUGGGCCGUGCACCCCACACACGAUGGCCGUGAGAGCCCGGUGCCGGGUGUGCCGCGCGAGCCGCUGCGGCGCACCUGGCGCCCGCCGCCCCCGCCGCCACCCCCUGGUGUGGGUGCCGCUGGCGCUGCCGAUGACAACCACGGGCACAGCCCACAUGGCGGGCACGGAUACGAUACUCAUGAUUGCGGCGGCACCGGCAAGGCUCGAGGCGCCGCCGCGGGCGUCGCUGCAGCUCAAGCGCUGGCGUCUCCAUGCGCCGCGCGCCAGCAGGCACUGGCGCAAGCGGCCGCGGACACAGGGCCGGCCGAGCCUACCGGAGCUGGGGCAGGAGGUGGGGCGUCUGCUGUGACCACACCAGCAGCUACUGCAGCAGUCGCAACAGCGGCGGCGGCCCUGGCAUACGUGCGCCCGCCGCGACAGCCGCACGUGACUGGGCACCAGAUGGCGGCGGCAGGGUCGGCCGGGCCGCAGACCCACACGCAGGCGGCAGCGGGCGAACACACGGCCACGGCAGCGGCGGCGGCAGAAGAAGGACCCGCGGCUGCCGUAGCAUCGGCACGCGUCGAGGCGGCAGGGGCAGCGGUCGACAGCCGGGGUGGCGCCACCGGCCGCACGCAAAUGCAAGCCGCCGCCGUUACCGCCGCUGCUCCCACGACUCCGGAGGAGGAGCAUGAGGACGACGAUGACUCAGUGGCGGUGCAGGUGGGGCGCCAGGUGGCGGCGGCCCGGGCCGCAGCUGAGCAGUGUCGUGCCGCCGCCCGGGCCGCCCGCAUGCAGGCGGACGCAGCGGCGGCAGCCGAGGCGGCGGCGCGGCGGGCGGCGGCGGCGGCGGCGGAGCAGGCGGAGGGGGCGGCGGCGGCGGCCCGGGCGGCGGUGGAGGCGGUGCGGCGGGCUGAGGCGCUCCUGGCGGAGGCGCUGGGAGGACACAGAGACUAACGCCCUGGACGAUGUGCGGAGAGGCGGAGCCCUUUCCACGAAGGCUUGAUGUGCGGGAGCAGGCAGAUCCGUUGAGUAUCCGGUGUUGCACAGUUUAGUGUGCGUAGGCCGUUGCAAACCCUGGCAAGGAUUGAUUUGCUUGGACGCUGGUUGUCAGCCGUUGCAAAUUGUGACAUUGCUCGUAUCUUCUGUCCAUCUACGUUGUGGGUGACUUGGGAGGUCAGGCUCCGCAUGGAGGUCUGGUCACAACACAGCAGCGGCGGGAAGUGCGUCCGUCAUGUGCGGCGUGCGUGCGGACCAGCCGUGGGAAUAGCCCUGAUAACCUCGGGCCCAGUACUGCUGAUCGCCCUCUGCGGCAUAGCAGCCCUUCAUAAUGCUAUUGAAU